AUGUUCCUCCGAGGGGCAGCGCUGCUGCUGCUGCUCCUAUGCUUCGUCCAGCUGGCGCUCUGCGCUGAGGACUACUACAACCUCUUGGGCAUUAGCAAGUCUGCUUCAGACCGCGAAAUCAAGUCGGCCUACCGUAAACUCAGCAAGAAGUACCACCCUGAUAAGAACCCUGGCGACGAGACGGCAAAGGACAAAUUCGUCGAAGUUUCCGAAGCCUAUGAAGCUCUUAUUGACCCCGAAACCCGCAAGAUUUACGACCAAUAUGGCCACGAGGGCCUGAAGCAACAGCAACAAGGUGGCGGCUUCCACCGCCACGACCCCUUCGACGUCUUUUCCCGCUUCUUCGGCGGCGGCGGCCACUUUGGCGGACACGGUCAGCGCCGCGGCCAGGACGUCAACGUGCGCCUCGGCAUCGCCCUCCGCGACUUCUACAACGGCAUCAACACCGAAUUCCAGUGGGACAAGCAACACAUCUGCGAGGACUGCGGCGGCUCAGGAUCCUCCGACGGCAAGGUCGACACCUGUAACGUGUGCGGCGGCCGCGGUGUGAGAAUUGUUAAGCACCAGCUCGCUCCUGGAAUGUACCAGCAGGUGCAGAUGCAGUGUGACGCCUGCGGCGGUCGUGGCCAGAGCAUCAAGCACAAGUGCCACACCUGCGGUGGCGAGCGUGUUGUUCGCAAGCAGACGGCAGUGCAGCUCACAGUCGCCCGCGGCGCCGCACGUGAGAGCCAGAUUGUAUACGAGAACGAGGCGGACGCGAGCCCUGAUUAUGUCGCCGGUAACCUCAUCGUCACCCUUGCCGAGAAGGAGCCCGACCUGGAGACGGACAACCCUGACAAGGUGGACGGCACGUUCUUCCGCCGCAAGGACAACGAUUUGUACUGGACCGAGGUGCUCUCCGUGCGCGAGGCGUGGAUGGGAGAGUGGACGCGCAACCUUACGCACCUGGACGGCCACGUCGUGAGACUUUCAAGAGAAAGAGGACAGGUGGUGCAGCCGGGCCACGUCGAGACGGUCAAGGGCGAGGGUAUGCCCAUCUUCCACGAGGACGGCGACAGCGUGUACCACAAGACGGAGUUUGGCAACCUGUACGUGGAUUAUGUGGUCGUGCUGCCGGACCAGAUGGAGAGCGGGAUGGAGAAGGACCUCUGGAGCGUUUUCCAGAAGUGGCGAGGCAAGGUCGGCGUUGAUCUGCACAAGGACAGCGGGCGGCCGGAGAAGCCUAUCGUGCACGACGAGUUAUGA